AAUGAAGAAUUAUGGGGCUGUUUGAUCGAGGUGUUCAAAUGCUUUUAACCACGGUUGGUGCUUUCGCUGCCUUCAGUCUGAUGACCAUUGCUGUGGGAACCGACUAUUGGCUCUACUCCAGAGGGGUUUGCAAGACCAAAAGUGUCAGUGAGAAUGAAACCAGCAAAAAGAACGAGGAAGUUAUGACCCAUUCUGGAUUAUGGAGAACCUGCUGCCUAGAAGGGAAUUUCAAAGGUCUCUGCAAGCAAAUCGAUCACUUCCCAGAGGAUGCAGAUUACGAAGCUGACACAGCAGAAUAUUUCCUCCGGGCUGUGAGGGCCUCGAGCAUCUUCCCGAUCCUGAGUGUGAUUCUGCUCUUCAUGGGCGGACUCUGCAUCGCAGCCAGCGAGUUCUACAAGACUCGACACAACAUCAUUCUGAGUGCCGGCAUCUUCUUCGUGUCUGCAGGUCUGAGUAACAUCAUUGGCAUUAUAGUGUACAUAUCUGCCAAUGCCGGAGACCCCUCCAAGAGCGACUCCAAAAAGAAUAGUUACUCCUACGGCUGGUCCUUCUACUUCGGGGCCCUGUCCUUCAUCAUCGCCGAGAUGGUCGGGGUGCUGGCCGUGCACAUGUUUAUCGACCGGCACAAACAGCUGCGGGCCACAGCCCGCGCCACGGACUACCUCCAGGCCUCCGCCAUCACCCGCAUCCCCAGUUACCGCUACCGCUACCAGCGUCGCAGCCGCUCCAGCUCGCGCUCCACCGAGCCCUCACACUCCAGGGACGCCUCCCCCGUGGGCAUCAAGGGCUUCAACACCUUGCCGUCCACGGAGAUCUCCAUGUACACCCUCAGCAGGGACCCGCUGAAGGCCGCCACCACGCCCACCGCCACCUACAACUCCGACAGGGAUAACAGCUUCCUCCAAGUUCACAACUGUAUCCAGAAGGAGAACAAAGACUCUCUCCACUCCAACACAGCCAACCGCAGGACCACCCCCGUAUGAAGCCCACGGGGGCCUCGCCAGCGCCGCCCAGAGCCGGGAGGAGGGGCGCGGCCCGCGGGAUGGGCCCGGGGGUGAAGGGAGGGUGGGGGGGGACACCAAACCAUACCAGGGGGGACAAACCUUCCAAAAGCAAAACAAACAAACAAACAACAACAAAAACAAAAAAAAAAAAACAAAAAAAAGAGAAAAACAUAACAAGUAAAUUAAAAAAAAAAAGAACAACAUAUAAGAGGAACAAAGAGGCAAAACAAUAAAUGUGCAAAAAUAUAAACGAGGGAAGGAGAAACAAACUUUAAAAAAAAAAGCAAGAGAGGAUAAAAAUUAAAAAUAGAAAAUAAAUCUAAAUGAAAAUGCAUGAUUUCCCAUGUACCAUUAUUUUAACAUUUAAUAAAAACCAAUUUAAAUGAAAACAUACAAGGGAACCAAGAUAAUAUUAAAGCAAAAAAAAAAAAAAAUGAGAAGGAGCAGAAAGGAAGGGAAACGUUCUUUGCAUUUAUCAGGGGUUUAUGUUACUUUUUUUUUAACGCAGGGAGAGUUACUUUUCUGUUCCCUUUAACCCCAAGCGGGCUCCGCCUCCCUGGGAGAGUGGGGGAGGUGGAGACUCAGGGGCCCCGGGGCCAGGUGAGCCUCUUGGUCACUGCCAGGUCCCUGGAGCCUCAGGAUGGGUGCCCCAGGAACGCUGGGCAAGCUCGGUGGCUUGCGAGCCGGCUCCACCCAGCAUUGAUGGGGCAAUUGUAGGCCUCCAGGUGACCCAAGAGUCCUUGGUCCCUCCUGUCCGAAAGGUGCCUGGAGGGGGGUGCAUCUGGGGCUUGCCCAGCCCUGGGGUUCCCAGUCCUUAUGGGCCUUAACCCACUGUGAUGACUUCCUCGGCCUUGAGGGAAGGGGAGGAGAGGGGACGGCUGCUAGUGGCUUGCUGAGAUGCCCGGAAAACCCCGGAAUCCUCAGGGUGAGCCUCUUGGGGUCACCGCCCCAAGCUCCUGUCCUUGGGGGCAGGAGAUGCCCACCCCCCGGGGGGAUAUAAAGCAUCUCUCCCUCCUCACCCCUCACCUCAGGGCCACGCGAUGACCCUGGGGCGAUGGUGGACCCCCAGACUCAUCGGCUCCCAACCCCUCGGGAAGGGGGCUCACUGACCCUUUGGGGGUCCUUGGACUCGCUGAAGCCCCCUCAGGGCCUAGCGGGUCCAACAAUGACACUUGCAAAAAGGUUUCUUUUUACAAAAGAAAAAGGAAAAACAAGUGGUGAUUUUUUUUUUAAUAAAAAAACCACAGACUAUAAAUAAAUGUAAAUAUAUAAUAAGUGGAUUUACUUGCAAGAAAAUCAGAUAGUAUUUUUCUUUUAAUUCUUUUCCAGCUUUAAACUGUGAAAACAAACAAAAAAAAAUGGGGUGGGGUGGGGGACUUAAAAUUUAGCAGGGAACUUGUAAAGAGAAAACAGAAAACAAACAUACAAAUCCAUUUUAAAAAAUAAACAAGCUGUUGUGAGAGAUGAGAGCUGGGCUUCAAGCAGGAGGGGAAGGGGAGAGGCCCCAGGGAGCCACAGGGGCUGUGACAAGAGAUUUCUUUCCUUCCUCCGGGAAAGUGCUGCUCAUGUGAAAGAGAGAGAACCAUCAUUGAGAAUCUGCUCCACACAAGGGAGAUAGCACACCCAUUCCCACACUCACACACACACACACAGUCCUCGAAGCCCAGCAGUGGAAUCACUCAUGGGGACACACACUCAGUCCAAACCCUUCCAUCUCGUUCCCCAACCAGAAGCAGGAUUCAGAGAAGACUGGCUCAUGCCCUCCAAAGCCAUUGACGACACAGCUCCAUAUUGGCCUUUUUGCUCACGCACACCCUCUCACCACACCAUAUGCACACACACAACACACACUCACACAGUUUGCAUGCCUAGAAAGGGCACUAGUCUGGAAUCCUGCUCUGGAUUCUGGAAUCCCUGGCUUCGAGGCCUCCCUGGGCCUCAGUUUCUCCCUGUAUAAACUGUAUAAAUUUAUACAGUUAAUAAAUUUAUACAGUUUAUAAACUGUAUAAACUCCCUGUAUAAAUGUGGAUUGGCCCAGAUGAGCUCUCAAGGCACAUUCUCAUGCUUGGUGUCCAUGACUCUUAAGAUCUGCCACCUGCCCAGAGGAGAAUGCCAAGGGAUGACCAGAAUGGCUGCCAUCCAGCCCCUAGACAUUCCCAAAUUGUCAGUCAGCCACUCAGAUGCUCAGCCACACACACACACACACACACACACACACACACACACGCGCGCGCACCAUAUGCCUCCUCACUGUGCUCCCAACCCCCUGCCCCUACAUCCAAUGUCAAAGCAAAAAUACACACAUGUGAACAAAUGUAUUCUGCCAUCCAGACAGAGAGGGAAAGGUCCCAGAGGGCCCCAAAGCCACUCUUUGUUUUAUGUCCCCUUUCUUGACUUCCAUAAUCCGGUCACCGAGAGCAGAGGGGACUUCCUUGGAGGAAGAUCAGCCACCAGGCUUCCCCCAUAGUGUUUGGGGGUCAGGGGAAAGGAGGUUCCCCUGAGGUUUGCUGGGAUGGGUGACGGCUGAGAGAUGGAGAGCAGAGCUUUACACAGUUGGUCCCAGCGUGAAGAACAACCCCAAAGCUAACCUUAGACUACAAAGGGUGUCCCAUGUUGCCCCCCUUUCUCCCCAGAGCAGCAAGGCCCGUUCAGAAGGAAAGAAAACCAAUCGCUUUCCCAAGCUCGAAUUUCAGGGCAGCCUGCCAGUCACUGUGCUGAAGGCAGGAGCCCCUGCUGCCCCCAUCAGCAUGGCUGGUUCGUCUCUUUCUGGACAUCGGCCUGGCCUUCUCUUAAGUUGAGCUCUGGGGGGUUGGGGGAGCGGCUAGAAAAGCUUCAGGGGCUUGCCCACUCCCAGUUGCCCUUCCCGUCCUUUGUCUGGGGAAGGAAAGCUCUUUUCUCAGAUCAACAGCAGCUGGAACCCUAAACCCAGCCUGAGCCACAAGACAGAACAUCUGCCCACCAACCUGGACGUUCCCUAGGGGCCAAGGGGGGCCCAGGACAGAGUCAUGGCAGCCAAGGCCAGGUGUGGGGGCCACCUAGUAUUUCUCAGUCUGAGCAGAAGUCAUAAUCGCUCCCUUCCCACCUCAACCUUGCCCACUGCCCCCCCCAAAUUCCAAACCUGAAAGGAUCAAGUAGGAGAAAUAAGGGAGAAGCCCCAAGAAAACAGCAAACAAGUGGGCACUGUCCAAAGAGGAAACUUGACCCCAGUUCUCUGAGUCCUGGCAGAGUGUCUGGGAUGGCAAUCAGCACUUUCUCCUGGGCCACGAGGCCUGGGGCCUGGGUCCCCUUGAAGAAGGCCAUCCAGGUAUAGGGUGAAAGGGCUAGGGGGCCUGGAGGGAAGGAGCUGGGUUCAGGACCAUGAAGGCGCCGCUUGCCAGGGUGGACAGUUGCUCAUGUCCAGCUCAAACCAGUUCAAGAAACCAACCUCCAUUUUAUUUUCUUGGUGGGUCCUUUUUUUUUUUCAGACUGUUAACAGAAAAAAUUUUAAAAAGCUGAAAACUAAAAAAAGAAAAAAAAAUCCUGGUACAUGAAAUAAAGAUUUUUUUUUAUA